ACGAGCAGAAGGAACGGUUGAGAUCGAGAGAGAUGCAUCUCAGUGAGAACGAAGGGAUCGAUGGGAAGCGCUUCGUGGUGACGGGAGGGCUAGGGUUUGUGGGUUCUUCUCUGUGCCUCGAGCUCGUCCGGCGCGGCGCCGGCGAGGUUCGCUCUUUGGAUCCCCGAAUCUCUUCGCCUUGGUCCUCUGAUCUCCUCAGUAGUGGCGUCGUUUGCAUCCAAGGGGAUGUGACCAAGAAGAAGGAUGUUGAGAAAGCUUUGCGAGGUGUGGAUUGUGUUUUUCAUCUUGCUUCCUAUGGCAUGUCAGGGAAGGAGAUGCUCCAAUCCGGCCGUGUUGAUGAAGUUAACAUUAAUGGAACAUGCAACAUAUUGGAAGUCUGCCAUGAGUUUGGAGUCAGAAGACUUGUGUAUGUGAGUACAUACAAUGUGGUAUUUGGGGGAAAAGAGAUUGUUAAUGGGAAUGAAUCACUGAAGUAUUUUCCGAUUGAUGACCACGUUGAUGCAUAUGGGCGCAGCAAAUCAAUUGCAGAACAACUGGUUCUUAAGAAUAAUGGCCGCCCCUCGAAGAAAAAUAACGAUGCUCAUCUGUAUACUUGUGCGAUACGCCCAGCUGCUAUUUAUGGACCAGGAGAAGAGAGGCAUCUCCCAAGAAUACUCUCUCUUGCCAAGAUGGGUCUGGUAUUCUUCAAAGUUGGUGACCCAAGUGUGAAGACAGAUUGGGUCCAUGUAGACAACCUAGUGCUUGCUCUUAUCUUAGCAAGUAUGGGGCUUUUAGAUGAUAUACCUGGUAGAGAAGGACAUCCUGUUGCAGCUGGGCAACCAUAUUUCAUAUGUGAUGGAGCUCCUGUCAAUAGUUUUGAAUCCAUUGUUAGCCCUAUUCUGCAGAGCUUAGGAUACAAGGUGCCAAAGAUAACAAUUGACGUAAAACACGCAUUGUUUAUGUCCAGAAUUUUCUUGGUCAUAUAUACUAUGUUGUAUCCAUGGCUUAAUCGCUGGUGGCUUCCCCAGCCUCUUCUUCUUCCUGCUGAAGUUUACAAGAUUGGUGUGACACAUUACUUCUCCAUUCUAAAAGCGAGGGAGGAACUUGGCUUUGUACCUAUGGUGAGUCCUCGAGAUGGUCUGGCUGCAACGAUUGCAUACUGGCAAGAGAGAAAGAGGAGGGAGUUAGAUGGGCCAACCAUCUUCGCAUGGCUGUUUGUGAUCAUUGGAAUGUCUGCUGUGUUCUGUGCAGCUUAUUUGCCCCCUAUUGGACCAUUGAAGUGGGUACACGCCCUCAAUCUUUUUGUGUUCCGUUCCUAUUCAGUUAUCAGAUUCGUCUUCCUUGUGUCGGUAGUCUUUCAUUUCGGAGAGGGUGCGUAUGCAUGGUAUCUAUCAAGAAGAGUUGAUCCGAAAAACUCGAAAGGGUGGUUUUGGCAGACUUUUGCCCUAGGAAUCUUCUCUCUCAGGUAUCUCCUCAAAAGGGCUAGAGAUUGAGAUGAGCUUGCUGCUAAACUGGUAACUCUUGUGUUCUUAUGUGUACCUUUUGUAUUUGGUGGGUGAGAAUAAUAUUAUACUAUUUACCAUCAUAAGUGCAAUGACAUUUGAAAAAUGAGCUUAGUCUCAUCAUCUGAAAGUGGUGUUACAAUGAAUGAUUUGCUCUUUA